AUGCUUCAAGUUUCGAGAUCACCAGAGUUCUCCAAUUGUGGAAACAUGAAUUUGAUGCAAGUCUCGAUGCACACGACUACUGAUCAAGACCUGGGCUCUGGGGCUGGAGGUAGAGGCAGGCAGAGGUCCCACUCCUACUAUAAUCGGGAGGACUGUAAGAACUACGGUGUGCAAACGCAGGCAGAGGAACCUUUUUUAAGACCACGAUCCAGGUAUGUUUGACCUUCAACAUGAGAAAUUCUGCUGUUGUUUUCCAUCUAAAUGAUGUCAGAGAUCAUUCAAUAAGUAGCAACAAGCUCUAAAUGUAUGCUGAUUUGUGUCAUGAUUUAAAUAACAGAAAUAGUAGACACACCUAACACAAAAAAAUACCCAAUAGAGGCUUCAUAGUCUUAUGACUAAAUGUAUAACUACAAUGCUGAAUGCACUGCUUUGCAGGUCCUUUUACAGUAUGGACACAUCAGACCUGGUCUCUAAUCAUGACACAGGAACCUCCACAUUGUCCAGUCCUCUAAAGCAGAAGGCAAGUUCCCAACCACAGUAUCAAAUAAACAAAAAGGAAAAUAAGAAGUCCAGGCCAAAACUGAACAAGAUCUCCCCAUCAAGAGAGCCUAAUGGUACUGAAAAUAUUUUUAUGCAACGUGAACUAACUUACAAUGUUUUUUAAUCAAGUUAUGAUUAUGAUAAAUAAAUAAAAGGUUAACACAUGUACGUUUCUUUAAGGCAGUAGAGGCAGUCUGAAGUCCCUGACCAUGAUCACCAUCUCCGAGUCAGACAACUGGGAAAUAAGCGCCAACCAAGGGAUGAAGUACGGCCAGUUUGUGGACUGGGAGAAGAUUGAUCCUGAAGCAGCGAAAAGAUACCAACAGAUCCUUCAGAGUGAUCACCAGCAGCUGAAAACCAUGGGCCGAGAAGGAUUUUGGGAAAUGCCUCAUACGCUCAGGGCUAAAGCUUACUAUCAUAUCAUCCACAGCAUCACUUCCAUGUAAGACAUGAUGGAUUUCCUGAUUUGAAGAGAAUAACCACUGUAUGUAUAUUUUCAUCUCCUAAUCCAUAUGACCUUAAUGUUAACUGCUGCCAUUGUUGUAGCGGGUCAGUUGCUCCAGACAGAGAGGUCUACUAUGAGUUGUCCAAGAAUCUCUUUGGAGAGCAGAAAAUCAGCAGCCAUCCUGUACCAGAGUACAUGGAGGCAGGAGAAAUACCCAGGUAUGCUCAAAGGAUUGUGAAAAUAAGGGUAUGCUGGAGGCAGUAUUUGUUAUGCUCUGUAUAUGUGACCUCAUUCUUCUCCUGUUUAGAUAUUGUCUCAACAAAGCCGGCCUGAACGCCGUCAAAAAGAUCCUCCUCUGCCUGGGCAAACACUUCCCAGACAUGAACUUUUGCCCCAUUCUGCCUGAGCUGGUCUCCCUGCUCCUUCACUUCAGCCAGGACGAAGCUGAGUGCUUCCACAGCGUCUCCCGACUCAUCUGCUACCAAGACCCCAACAAGCGCUACAUCGACCAGACGUUCCUCACCUACCGCGCCUCCUGUAUGACAUUCGGUGACCUGGCAAACAAGUGCUGCAGAGGCAUCCGAAAACUGAUCGCCGGCUCUCACCAGAACCUUUUUGAGUUCUACUCUGAUUGGAUUAUGUGGAUAUUCGCUGACCUUCCCUUCACAUAUGCUAUCAGAGUGCUGGAUGUCUAUCUACUAGAGGGCUACAAGGUGCUCUAUAGGUUAGUGCUGCAUGUCCCCCAAUUGGUAGUUUCUCAUGACAUGAAAGAUUACUUUGAUUAAAGAGAAACAAAGCACUUAGAUAAAUCGACUGUCACUCUUUCCAGGGUGGCUCUGGCUUUGCUCGGCCUCUACAAAGUAUCCGUCUCAUCUCGGGUGGCAGACGUGGAAGACUUCAGAACAGAUAUGAAGAGGUUUGUGCAGAACAUAGCUCGUCACUGCACGGCUGAGAAACUUUUGGAGAAAGGUUUCAUGAUCCCAAUGGCCAUACGGAGAGAGCUCAACCUCCUGUUCAAUGCAAACAAAGACUCCCUCAUGCAGAAAGGAGUCAGCAUACACCAGAGGAGGUGAGUUAUAAUGCACAGAUUAGUAGAAAACUGUGAGUGCAAGGGCUGUAAAAACAGGUGAGAAUGACCUUAGUUCUUUUAAUUUUCCAAAAGGCAGUCGGUCGAGACGGUGAACUUUAACAACAUCACCUCCAGUGUGGUGACAGCGACUGAGAUGAGAGUGGUCUGGGCCUGGAUACCUGAGCGCUUUGCACUUUUCAGUCCAAUUAGACUCUUCAGUACAGCGGAGCAUGGAAGAAGUCUUGCCUCGUAAGUGACUUUGGUCCACCAAAAACCCAUCCAAAACACCAUCAGUCAGACAAAAACAGCAAACCUGUUACUUCAAGAACCAUUUCUUUCUUUCUUUUCAAAAAUGUUGGUCUUUCAGGUGUUGUAAAAUUGACAUUAUCAAAUGAGGUCAGGUCACUGAGGGUCAAUAACUGCUGAACGCCUCGUACCAACAGAUUAAAGCAUUCUCAGGUCAUGUUACAUAAGAGAAACAGACUGGUUGUUUUUACUGUCAACUUGUUUGCGCUGAGCAUGAAAGUCAAGUGGCCGAAGUUCGCUGUCCGGUUACAAAAAUAAUUCAUGCAGAAAAAUACCUUCAAUACAUUCAGAACAAUUUCAAAUUUGCUCUGGACUUGUUGACAAUAUUCUAACAGAGAUGUUUAAUCCCCCGGAACCCUAUGAACUGCAACUUCUGGUCAUUUUUAAAUGUCUUUUUUGCGAUCCAUGUUGUGAUUGUGUUUUUCUUUCAAGUCAUAGACAGUGGGGUUUUUUUCACACCUUAGACAAAUAAUGUUUUAUUUCCCUUUUUUUUCUUAUUCUGUUAAAAAAGUUAUUUUUAUCUCUCAUUCAGAUUCUACUCUAAUGUGGAAGGACAUGAACCAGCAGUGUUGAUUAUCAAAACUGAGGAAGAAGAGGUAAUACAAUGAAAAAUAAUGUACAAUGAGACACUUUUGAUGGAUGAUAAAUAAUAAUGUCUUAAUGGAAAAGAAAUAGAAUCAUGUAUGACUGUAAUAUUCCCAUUCUUCAGGUCUUUGGUGCCUUCCUGUCAACAGAUUUGAUUGAAAGGAGAAAGCACGAUUCUGCUGCACUUACAUACUUUGGGACUGGAGAAUGCUUUGUUUUCACGGUGAGAUACAUUUACUGAUUUCAUCUUCUUAACCCUGGAGGGUGAUUCUCAAGUUGAAUUCAAACUACAUAAAUAUAAUAAUAUUCAGUCAACUUCUUACCGGGUGUCUGUUGUCCAAAAAGUAGUAAUCGUGUAAACAAUAUCCCCCCUUUCAGCUUCGUCCCAACAUGGAGCGCUACCAGCAGGCUGUGGUCAACAUCAUGACCAGGAGAUCUUCUCAGCAGGUUCGAGCCAACAAUGCGGCUUCCUCUGAGGUGUCCAAAACUAACUGGUGCCACACUAACUCAACCAUGAGCACAACAACUCUGACCUGUCCAGCUGGAACCCCCCAGGACCCGAGUUACCUGACAAUCCCCUUUACUGCACCCUCAGAGGAGCCCAUGACUGCUAAGGAGCCAAAGAGACAUAAGGAACAGGAGGCCUCCAGAUUCAUAGCAGGAAGUGACACUCAGCUUGUUAUUGGUAUGUCAAUUUGAUAUCCUAAAAGGAAUAGACUGUAAUUUUUAAUUAUUUUUGUAUUCUUAAUGUUUUGUUAAAAUAUGUGUCUCUUCACAGGUGGUGAUGGCGGUCAUGCACUCUGCUUACAGGAGGGCCUAAUGGGAGGAUACUCAGAACCCUGUGACACAUUCAAGAGCAUCUCACUCUGCAAGGGUCCUUUCAAGAUUCAGGCACUAGAAGUGUGGGGCAUCCAGAACUCUAUUUCCUUUUCCCACAGUAUUCGUCCUCGUAACAUCAUGAAAGAGAUGCAUUGA